AUGGCGGUUCAAUCUACUCUGCGAGGCUCUGCCGACCCGCUGGCUGCGCUUUACCAUCAGUAUACCAACCUCCUGCGCCAACGUCUGAAGCGGACCUCGAAAGCAACAAGACUGCUCGGAGCAUGCUUGCUUGCGCUCUCUAUCAUAGCCGGCUGGGCUGGAGGCAAACGAUGGUGGAGCAAACGCACAGCAGAAAAGGAGCAGGGGCAGCGAUUACACCGAAGGAAUUCCGGGCUGAAGAAUAAAGAUGGCUCUCGGGUGAUAUUUGUCCCAUACAAAGACUCGAUUUCAAAAGUCACGAUACAUCCUACAAAGCCCCUGACCUUUGAUGCGCAUCGCAGGCUUUUCCUUAAUCCACCCAGAGCCUCGGGCCUUGCGGGUGGCCCAUAUGCUGCUCAGAUCCCGCCUCCACAAACAAAGCCAGGUCUCAACCUGGCUUUUCUACACCAGUUCCUUAGUCUGCUGAGCAUAAUGAUACCAAGAUGGACGAGCAAGGAGACUGGGUUAUUGCUAAGUCACGGCAUGUUCCUUAUGCUCCGGACGUAUCUAUCUCUGGUUGUAGCUAGACUGGAUGGUGAGAUUGUGCGGGAUCUUGUAGCCGGACGUGGAAGAUCGUUCAUCUGGGGAAUCAUCAAGUGGUGUGGAAUCGGCAGUUUUGCUUCCUACACAAAUGCCAUGAUCAAGUUCCUGCAGUCGAAGGUCUCAAUCGCCUUCCGAACACGUCUCACGAGAUACAUCCAUGACCUUUACCUCAACGACAACCUGAACUACUACAAACUAUCAAAUCUGGACGGCGGUAUUGGUCAAGGAGCAGACCAGUUUAUCACCCAGGAUCUAACACAGUUCUGUGCGGCGGCCGCUAGUCUAUACUCAUCAUUGGGGAAGCCAUUCAUAGAUCUCUUGGUUUUCAACUUCCAAUUAUAUCGAGCUCUCGGACCUCUUGCCUUGACCGGAAUCGUGAGCAACUAUUUCCUUACAGCCACCAUUCUACGACGACUCUCUCCUCCUUUUGGCAAGCUAAAAGCUGUCGAAGGGCGUAAAGAGGGUGACUUUAGAGGCCUUCAUGCUCGUCUGAUUGCAAAUGCUGAGGAAGUGGCAUUCUAUGGGGGGGCGAGUAUGGAGAAGAAUUUCCUAGAUAGGGAAUUUCGAAGUUUGAGGAAGUGGAUGGAGGGAAUCUACACGCUAAAGAUCCGCUACAACAUUCUUGAAGACUUCGUUCUCAAAUAUAGCUGGAGUGCAUACGGCUACUUAUUGAGCGCCUUGCCGGUCUUCUUGCCCGCAUGGGGCGGUCUGGGUGGUAUCCAAGAACUGGCCGACGCCGCGGCGAGCGGGGGCAGAGAGCGAGGCCGAAUGAAAGCAUUUAUCACAAACAAGCGGCUCAUGCUCUCCCUUGCUGAUGCCGGUGGAAGAAUGAUGUACUCCAUCAAAGAUCUCUCCGAGCUCGCCGGAUAUACCAGCAGAGUCUACACUCUCAUCUCGACUCUCCACCGCGUUCACGCAAAUGCCUAUCCUCCCCAAAGAGGCACAAAUCCUGAACUCUAUUCCCUUUCCGAUGUGCAAGGCACAAUUCAAAAGGGAUUCGACGGCGUCCGUUUAGAAAACGUCCCUAUCGUAGCCCCCUCACUCUUCCCUCGCGGUGGCGAAGAACUCAUCAACUCCCUCUCCGUAAUCGUGCAUUCCGGCGAACAUCUCCUCAUCUCCGGCGCCAACGGCGUAGGCAAGUCAGCCGUAGCCCGCAUCGUUGCAGGCCUCUGGCCCGUCUACCGCGGCCUCGUCUCCCGCCCCCGCUCCACCGGCACCGACGGCAUCAUGUUCCUCUCUCAACGCCCCUACCUCUCUGUCGGCACACUGCGCGAUCAAGUUAUCUACCCAGAUGGCGAGCCUGAGAUGCGCGAGCGGGGCCGCCGCGACAUCGAGCUCAAGCGCGUGCUGGAAGAAGCGCGUCUCGGGUACCUUCCAGACCGCGAAGGCGGCUGGGACACGAGGAAGGAGUGGAAAGAUGUAUUGUCGGGCGGCGAAAAACAACGGAUGUGCAUCGCGCGUCUUCUGUAUCACGAGCCCCGCUAUGCAUUUAUCGACGAGGGAACCUCAGCUGUCUCCUCCGAUGUCGAGGGCUUGUUAUAUGAGCGCUGUAAGGAUAAAGGCAUCACGCUCAUCACGAUCAGUACCAGAGCUAGUCUGAAGCGGUAUCAUACCUUUAACCUAACCCUGGGACUAGGUGAGGAUGGCACGGGGUGGGAAUUUGAAAGAAUCGGCACGGACAAGGAGAAGAUGGGCGUCGAGAGAGAAUUGAUGGAGCUGAGAGAGAAGCUGACGAAGGUUGACGAGUGGAAGAAUAGAAAGGCGGAGAUUGAGCAGGAGUUGGCGAAGGUUUGGGUCGAGGGAGAGGUGUUGAAUCCACCGGAGUAUAUGGAGGGCGAGACUGCGAGCGAAGCGCAAUAG